UCAGAUGAUUUUUUUCACGGAGCGAUACGGAGUCUACGGAAAGAUGAUUAGGCCUAGGCUACAGCUAGCUGGAAAAUGAUGGAAUUGGAAGUUUCCACUUAUCAUGGCUGAGCUUGUCAGGUCAUCACGGCUUCUGUCCAUCGUGUGGAUCAUUUUCAUUUCAUCUCUAGUUCAAGCACUUAUCGUGCAGGCGUCAAUGUGGUUCAACCUGUGGAAUAAAGCACAGUUUGAACAGUUUAACUGCACAGAUUUCAAAAUAAAUUUGUGCAAAGCCUGUCGGCCUGGAACAGCUGCCAACACAAGUACAGAGGAAUGUUUUUGUUGUGCCGAGGCCCAGCUGCAUGGAGAGUGCAGCGAUGACGGCUGCUAUGAGUGCGGCAGGGGUAGUUACCAGCCAGACCCGGGGCAGACCAUCUGCAAAAUGUGCCCGGCGGGAGAAUACACAGAUGAGGAAGGGAGCCAGCUAUGCAAGAAAUGCAGUCUGGGCCACUACUCCAACAUCACUGGUGCCCCUGGCUGCAAGCCCUGCAGGCCGGGAAGCUUCGCCAACGAGACGGGUUCCCGCAUCUGCAGGGAGUGUCCAAAAGGUCACAGCCAGAAAGACAGCGGGCAAACCAAGUGUACGGCCUGUACGCCGGGCCAUUUUGCCAACGUAACCAGACUCCCUAGCUGCUACUUAUGCCAGCCGGGAUCGUUCUCCAACACCACGGCGGCGUCCAACUGCACCAAGUGCGCGCUGGGGUACUACCAGCCCAAGGAGGGGCAAGCCAGCUGCAAGCCCUGUGAAACUGGCACGGAAGCGAGGAGAAACGGCUGCGCCAAGUGUACCAAUUGUCCAACUGGUACCUAUGCCAAUGUUUCUGGUAGUGCAGUAUGCCUGCCCUGUCCGCCUGGUUCGUCGUCGGACACCACGAGGACUGUGAACUGUACUCUGUGUCAAGCAGGGACAUUCCAAGGAUUAGCAGGUCAUUCAGAGUGCUUACCAUGUACCAAGGGGACAUAUUGUGCCAAGAAUGGCUGCACUAGCUGUUACAACUGUCCGGCUGGCCACGAAUCCCUGAAGGACAGGGCCAAGUCUUGCACCCCUUGCGACUCGGGCAAAUACAAGCCGGUGGCCAGUAGCCAUGCGUGCACUGAGUGUAGAGAUGGAUGGUACCAGAACAAGACCGGCCAGUCCACCUGCAUUGAGUGCCCUGCUGGGUACUUCUGUCCUUGCAAGUACUGCAAGCCCCUGGAAUGUCCCCCGGAGGCCUACUGCCCCAAAGGGAGCAUGACGCCAAAGUUCCUCACCUGCUCGCCUCUGUUCUCUAAAACACCUCAGAAUUAUUGCAAGCCUGAGGCUUCCUUUUACGUUGUGAUCGGCCUACUUUUGGUGGUGGCUGUCGUUACCCUGGCAUGUGUCGUGAGACGCCUCCGGCACUCACGUGCCAAGCUGGAAGUGGAAAAGUCGCUCUUGUCGUCAGUCUCCAAGGAUGGCGCCCCCAUCUAUGCGGGAUUGUAGAGGGCACUGUUGUGACGGGCAGGUUUUGUUGGUGUUUUUUUUUUUUUUUUUAAUUAUUCCAUAGUGUUAUUGAAAAUAAGGAAAUAUAAUUGGUUAUUUUCAUGAAGUUGACCAUAUUCCAGCAUUUUUUAGGUAUCAGUUGGGGACCUGAUUACAAGUGCACCAACUCCUUGUGCAAAAUCAAAGCCUGGUGGGUAUAUCCAUAUUUGUGCAUAAACUUCUGGAAAACUCAGAAUUUGUGUGGCUGUUUGAAAAGCUGUUUGCAUAUAUGUGAGCGUGUAUUCUCAAAAAUGAUGUGACAUCACAGUUGGUAUACCAAAAUAUCAAAUGUGCAAUCACUUUAAUAAGCAUUUGUGAAGUAAGGCUUGCAGAUAUAUUAUAUCAAUUGAAAAGCACUUAUGUAAUACACGAAUACUGCACCUGCCCUUUACAAUAGAGUACAUUAUUCCGAAUUUGUUCCAUCCUAUUUCAUUAUGUUCUACAAACAUGCACAUGAAUUCUAAAUAUCUAUGCUCAGGACAGCUUCAAAAUAUCUCUGCAAAGGGAAGGAGGAGUUAGCACACUUGUCAACUAAUACAAAUUUUGGAUUGUACACUUUUUAUUUAGUCUUGCUUAAUUUUGGUUUGCAAUUGACCUGCCCAUAUUGCAAUUAGGUCUGUGAAAGUCCUAAUUGACCCCAGAGUACACUUUGCUCAACCAGACUGGCCAGUACUCAACUCAGCUUCAGUGCAUUUGAAGUUCUUCCACUCUCUUUGCAUAAUUCUUGCCGUUGCAACCACAUUUUGAGUAAAAAUGUGUUCUCCGUGAAGCCCAGAAUGGCCCCCAAAAAUUUUUGGAUAGCGAGAAACAUUUUGAACAAUUUAGUAAGGGGGCCUUAAUGCCAUGAAAAUUCUGCUGGAUGCAAAUUAUCGUGCAGUAUUAAUCUUUACACUAGAAGCAACCCUUUUUUGUUGAAAUUUGAUGUUAUAAAAUGCUUGUAUGGAAAUGAACAUGUAAUUUUAAAUUGUAUAGAUUUUCAAAAGUAUCUGAAUCCCACAAAAUGAGUGUGGGAUGCAUUUUUUAUAGCUUUAUGUAUUCUCAUGCUGUAGAACAACAUUCCUCGCCCCUUCAAUCACAUUGAUGCACCAUCCUGUCUGGUGCACUGUUAAAUCCAGACAAUUUCUGGAUGGGAACAUGGACUGUUAAACAAUUAUUGACUGAUGUUAUGUGAAAUUCGAAUUGAACACCUGAAGGGGGUGAUAUGUAGCCCUGAGGGUGUUGAAAAUAUGGCGUCCCACAAGACAGCCGUCAGUGUUGUGUUAUACCUCCGUCAUAAGUUCCUUGUGGCAACAUUGUCCUCAGCUGGAAUAUUUCAACGUCAGUUGAAGCGAUAAGUAUCUCAGUCGGUUGCUGCCUGACAUGUAUGGACUCUGUUUUGUCGCCCAUGUCUUGCUCAAAAGCAGUGUCUUUCCCUCUUAAAAAACAUUUGGGGGGGAUGUGUGUCAUCAAUCUCUGCAAACGUCAUGUUAAGAAAUUUGUAUGAAGAAACAAACUUGCGUUAAAUGAACUCGAACUUGACAAAGCAUUCUAACAGUUGAUCAUUUGCUGGUUCACGGCUCCCUCUAGAGUUAACUUUUGUCAAUUGUACAAGGGAAAGUAGCACAUGCUCCAAUAGAUACAAGUAGUCUGGUUAGCGACCCCUGCAUUAUGGCUUAGAUUGUGGGGCAGGGACUAGUCUAUGACAUCAAAAAUGAUCUGGAUGAGGGUAUAAAUAUGCAUUUUUACUGACCAGUCACAUGAUCAUUCUGGACCAAUGAAAAUAUAGUAUUCAAGACAGGAAUAUUAAGGUCACGUCACUCGAGAAAAUGAUGCUGGUGACUUGCCAAUCAGCUCAGAGGUUGGGUCAGAAAUGAAGUUUAAAGCUCCCACAAGAAAUGACAUGUUUAAUAAGAAGUGAACAGUUCUUACUACCCACUGUCAGUCUUUUCUUGUAAACAGCUGGUGAUUUUCUAAAUGUUGGAAAACCAGUUAUAAAAUUGAUUUUUUCUGCACUGGUGUUUUUAUGUUGAUGAAAAUAAUACAGUUCGGAUUCAAGCAUUCAGGAAAAAAACGGACUACGUGUAUGCAUAAGAUCGAGCAUUUCUCAGUACUAUGAUUACUUAUUAUAGGGGUGUGGUUUGAAUAAAUAAGGCUGAUAAAUACAGGCGUUUCACAAAAGUGCACCUCGAAGAGUUUGCAACAUGUUGGCCAGUCACAGUAUGCAAAAUUUGUCG